AUGACCAUUAUUGAUUAUUUUUCCACACCACCACUACCUAAUCUUCUUUCUUGCUUUCAGUGUGGGUUACCUGACGACCCAGUGGAUACGCCGGAGAAGGUGGCAGCAUUUGUCAAGCACUUCGAGAUGGAGCCUCCUAUUUUGGGUGUUGGUACACUCGUGUCGCAUGAUCCGGUAAACUCCUUCGGGUUUGAUAUGACUCUCAUGAUGGAGAGUGUAGACUAA